GGCAGCGAAAGUGGAUGAAGAUGUGGAUCUUGUUGAUGUUUUUCUGUUUGAAUUCCUAGAAGUAACGAUAACUUUUUUUGGUUGUAUUCACCUUGUUUUUCUUGUCCUGACGGAUUUUUCCGACAGACCGCACUCUUCUCCUUGCGGUGAUCUUCUACAACUUUUCUAGUUUGAUUUUUGGUCUUUCUCUUUAGACAAAGAUCAGCAAAAAUGGCGUUGGUUUCCUCAGACAACGACAGCAGCGCUGACGAGCACGACCGCCCAAUCGCUCCGGCGACCAAGAAACGGCUGGUGGCUGGCGGUGCCAAGGCUAGUUCGUUUGUAUCCAAGAAGGUGAGGGAGGAACGUGAAGCGCAGGAAGUGCAGAAGCAAAAAGAAGAGCAGAAAAAGCGGGAAGUCGAAGCGACGCGCAAGCGAAAACAGUUUCUGCUGCAAGAUCCACGUGAUGCGGAGCGGAAUCGUGAGCGCGCCGAGCGAGAGUAUGCUCGUAAGCUGCGCGAGGAGGAGCGGCGGGCACGUGCGAAUGGCAGCGCCGAAAACGGGAAUGCCAAUAUGGUUCCCCUGGGCAACGGGACGAGCCAUUCGACUUCAGGCGGCUCUUCCUCGAGUUCCAGCCGAGCAGCGACGUCCAGCGGCGCUAUAAAAAACGUAGCAGCAGUCUCCUCCUUGAAAAAUCUGGGUCUCUUGUCGAAAGAGAAAUACGAUCAAGUCUCGACUCAGGAGAAGGCGAACUCAAAAUCGACAUCUGUACCUUUACAAUUCUCCUUUAGAAUAUUCAAUUCAGAAAGUCAAAGUGUUCGCAGAUUCUGCUGUACUCAAUUUUGUAUUUUACCAAUGCGGAAAACGACUUAACGAAUUAUGACCAAAUGUUGAAAUAAUUGAUUGCACGUACUAAGUACUUACUUUGUUUCUAGAAUUCUUUGUUUCUCAUGGAAGGAUACCAUCUUUUUUUCUGAAACAAACAUCAGAUGUCUGCGCAGGAACUGUACAUGGUAAAGAAACAGUAUUUGGGUCUUCGCGACGAGCGUAGAAAACUGCAGAAACCCUCUGAAAAGUUUCGAAAUAUCUUCAACUUCGAGUGGGCUGCCGAAGACGACACUUUCAGGGGUGAUUCAAACGAGCUCUAUACAAAGCGACCCGAGCCCCAACUUCUCUAUGGACGAGGCUACCGUGCAGGAAUUGACGUCAGAGAACAGCGAAAAGCGAACAGCUUCUACGAGGAGAUGGUCGCUGCGAGAGCGGAAGCAACAGGCGAAGAUGUAUUCAUUUGAUUUGUCGAAUCUCGUUUUGAGUCGUAGAAUAAGAACACUUGGAUCCCACCCAUUAUGAUUAAUAAUGCUUUUGAAAAGCUGAUAGUUGUUGACGUAGUCUAGUUGUAACCAUGUUUGUAAUUUUUUCAUCAACCAUUCUUCAUGCUUUGCGCUUACACGACCGCCUGACCGAAAUUACAAUAACCAGGUUUCCAACUUUUUGUCUUCACGCGAGGCUAUCGCGCAGAAGAAAGAGAACGCGGGCAGAGAGGAGGACGGCCGUCACUGGACUGUCAAGUCUCUGGAUGAGAUGAAAUCUCGCGAUUGGAUGAUCUUCAGAGAGGAUCAUCAGAUCAAACUGCAGGGUGGUCGCGUGCCACCUCCACUCCGAAAUUGGCAGGAGGUACCAUUGUUAUGAUGUUCAGUAGAUUAUAUAGAUGCUUUAUAUAUUAGGACUAGAAUCUUGCUAGUUUUUUUUGUAGGAGCAUGCAGCCUAAGAGUCAAGAGAUUCUGGUGCGUUUGUUACCAUGUUGAAAGAUGUGACGAAAACACCGAUCAACCUCCUCAAACCCCAAUCAACACAGGCACCGCUUCCGGUUGAGCUGCUAGAAGCAGUUUCGAGGUGUAACUACACAAAACCGAUGCCAGUACAGAUGCAAGCGAUACCAGUUGCGUGUGCGCUGCGAGAUCUCAUCGCGGUCGCAGAAACCGGAAGUGGAAAGACCGCAGCCUACUCUCUUCCACUAUUGAAGUACUUUACAACUUUUUUUAGGGUAUCUAGGAUAGUUCUUCGAGUCUUCGUUUACAUCAUGUGUAUGGCAGAGUCGUACUUUUCCUGAUAACUUUGUGAACUCUUUGGCACUCCUACUCACGAAAAAGUGCUCGCACAAUCGUGCCCUGUGAAUGCAUCAUUUUCUUUUUUUUCUGGUUUCAACAUUGACUCAUCACUACCGCCACCGUCUGCAGGUACUUGCAUAAUUUGCCGCAGCUGGACCACGAGUCAGCACAAAACGGGCCUUAUGCCCUGAUUCUGUGCCCGUCGCACGAAUUGGCGUUUCAGAUCGAAAAGGAAAUGGACAAAUUUAAGCAUUUUAUUCCCCACAUUCGACGUGUGACCCUGGUCGGUGGCCAGGGAGGACGUGAUGCGGAACGGCAAGCCUUCGAUAUUCGAAACGGCGUCGAGCUUAUUAUCGCCACUCCAGGUCGAUUAGUCGAUGCGAUCAACAAGCGACACACGGUCUUACACCAGUGCAACUACGUUAUCUUGGACGAGGCAGAUCGAAUGUUGGCGCCGGGUACAGUGAUUUAUGUUUCCUCUUCUUCUUAUUACUUACUUUCUCUAUUCCGUUGUUUUUACUUAUCAUUGAUUUGUACAAGAACUGCAUGAAACAGGCGUUGAACUUGAAGAUGCAGACGUCAGACAUCAUUUUUCUUUUUGUUCGCAUGCUAAGGUUUGCAGGAGUUUCUGUAUCAAGCGUUGGAUGCGAUUCCGAGCACGAAUCUGAAGGCUGAAAGCGAGGAUCAUGCCUAUAAGCAGGAGUUGGAGGGACUUGCCGGCCAUCGCUCCUUUCGCAUUACCCAAAUGUACGGCGCGACGAUCAAUGCCCCCAUGGAACGGCUCGCCAAGAAGUACUGCCGCCACCCAGCCGUGAUCCGUGUGGGCGAUCCCAGUUCGGGCAAUAAGAACAUCGAACAGCGAGUGAAGAUGAUGCCAGAGGCUGAUAAAAAGAAGGAACUCGAAAGCCUUAUUGGCAGCGUAGAGAUGGAGACGCCGUGUAUGAUCUUCGUGAAUCAGAAGAAAGCAGCAGAGCUUCUGGCCAAGACGAUCGAUCAACUCGGGUACAAGGCAGCAACGAUGCAUAGUGGAAAGCUCUCGAGUGACAGGUACUGCGUCGAUGAUGAUACACAAAUUAUAAUAUAAUAUGUAUCCAAUACUGGGUGAAACUCCAUUGCUAAUUUUAUAGACAAGAGCCCCUUCUUCUUCUUGUUCUUUGACAACUACAACUGAUGUUAUACCUUGUAUCGACGAUUAUUGUCGUCUAUUGACGAAUUUCCUAACAUCAAUGAUUUUUCUUUAUCAUUAUCAAUUUCUUAUCAUGACAGGCAAGCCGCUCUGGAGAAGUUUCGUUCGGGUCAGUUGGAUUUUUUGGUGGCGACAGACGUGGCCGCUCGUGGUAUCGAUAUCGAGGGCUUGCCGCAUGUUUUGAACUUCGACAUGCCAACGGACUUCGCAGAAUACAAGCAGCGCAUUGGACGAACCGGUCGUGCUGGACGCAAGGGUGUCGCCACUACGUUCUUGACACCCGCAGACGAAACUCACUACUUCGAAUUGAAGGAAUACCUGAUCGCUUGCGAAAAGCCGGUGCCGACAGAACUCUCGCUUCACGAGGCAAGCCGGUUCAAGCCCGGCACUAUCACGGAAAGCGGCCACAUGCAAGGACAGAAGAGCAACGUGGUUUACUCAUCAACAUACAAAUGAUGAUAACGUGUGGGUGGAGCAAUUGAUUAACAUGAUUAUGUCAUGGUGAUCCAUUGCGACACGAUUCAAAAACACGACAAGAUUAUACAGACACUCUCGAAGUCUGUGUGAAACCUUCAUGCCUCAUACCCUACAUGACGGUUUUCCAAAUUUUAUAAACGCCGUCGUAAGUAGUAUAUUAUCCCACACACCAUGCCUCGUAUCACCAAGAAGAGACAUGCCAAUCUCGGCUUGAGGAGACAUGCUCUGAAGCGCGAAAAAAGACUGAGCGUUUGAGUCCGGUACCCCCCGCAUAUCUUUGAACCCAACACGAGAGUGUAAGAAUUUUCCAUGGUCCCCUUCAGCCCCUGAGCGCACAAACUAC